AUGCAUCCUAAUAGCUUAGAGCCGGCAUAUGCUCUUUCACUUGUUGCAGCCACUGCCUUGGCCAAGCUGCAGAUCACGUUGCCCAACUCGCAUACUGAAUGGGAGGCCGGUACAUCCGAGACGAUCAGGUGGAAGCCGAUUGACGGCAAUCUGCACGGCCGCGUCUCAAUUGAGCUGAUGGAGGGUUCAGAUCCCAUGAACAUGGACUCGGUCACAACCAUUGCUGAAAACAUCCCUGCUGCCAACCAGCAGCUGGCAUGGAAUGUCCCCAAGAACCUCAAGAACAGCAACAACUACGCCAUCAAGAUUGUCGACGAGGACGGCGAAGAGUACUAUGGCCGGUACUUCAAGGGCCAGGGUGGCAAAACCGACGUAACUCGGAAGUCGGACAAGAACUCCAAGAACAGCGGAAAUAGCAGCGACUCGGACGAUAGCGCGCCAGCCAAAAUCCAGAAGGCAGAUUCGGGUUCGGACAGGGACUCGCCAAAGGAUUCAGCACCAAAAAAGGCCGUCAAGAAGCCGGUCAAGGCACUCAAGGGUACGGCUGGCAAGGGAAGCGCAAAGGACACCGAUGGCGAGUCUGACAAGAUGAGUGGUACCGGACUGACAAACGCCGCGCCUAGCUGGUCCUCGGGCUCUAUCUUCGCCGCCGCCGUCUGGUUAAUAGCUGCUGCAUCUUAUAUCAACCUGCAGCACUGACUUUACAUGUCUCUUGCUAUAUCCUUGUAGCCAUGCAGGGAAUGCUUUUUGGAUCAAGUGAGUCUUCUCUGUCGGCCUGAAUGUGGCUUGCUGGGUUGCACACACAAUCCUCUGGGUAAACUUUUGUCAUCGCUCAUAGUAUUUUUUGUUUCAAUGCUCUUGUUGUCAAAGUCUUUGUUUCUCUUCUACUCCCAAUACCUUUCAUUAC